GGCCGCGGUGGGCGGGAGGGGGCAGCCGGGACUCGCGGGAGCUCAUUCUGCUGGGCGCCUCCCAGGAAGACGGGGAGGGGAGCGCCUGUUUACCCAGGAGGGCUGUGCUGAUAGCACGUUCCUCGAGUUUACUUUGCUUUCCUUGAGUUUAUUGUAAAGGGGUAAAGUUUUCGGAUCCGUCACGUGACCCUGACAGGUCCUGCCUAUGGCGCUGCAGACCACCCACGCCGAGGGCCAUGGAACUGCUUAAUAGAAACAGCCUUGUAAUUGUGAGUCCGCGCUGCACUCCGCCGAAAGCCUCCGGCGGCCCAGCGCGCCGGGGUUUUUACCCUUUCCGUUCCUUUUGUAAAGACGGAGGAGGAGGAGGAGGAGGAGAAGACCAAGACGAAGACGAAGAAAAAGAAGACGACAGGGAAGACAAAGAGACCAGCAGCGACAAGGCAAGGGGGAGACGAGGGAAGACCGAGAGAAGACAGAGGAGCGGAGGACCAGGAAAGGGGGGCAAGGAAAAAAAAUUGAUGUGAAAUCCAAGCCAAGCGUCCGCGCGAUCUGCACCCGCGCUCCGGGCAGGGGUUGACGGCCGGCGAUGGGGAAGGCUACUGGCCGGAAAGCGCCGCUGUGGCUGAGAGCGAAGUUUCAGAGACUCUUAUUUAAACUGGGUUGUUACAUUCAAAAAAACUGCGGCAAGUUUUUGGUUGUGGGCCUCCUCAUAUUUGGGGCCUUUGCUGUAGGAUUAAAGGCAGCUAAUCUCGAGACCAACGUGGAGGAGCUGUGGGUAGAAGUUGGUGGACGAGUAAGUCGUGAAUUAAAUUAUACUCGCCAGAAGAUUGGAGAAGAGGCCAUGUUUAAUCCUCAACUCAUGAUACAGACCCCGAAAGAAGAAGGUGCUAAUGUCCUGACCACAGAAGCACUCCGACAACACCUGGACUCAGCGCUCCAGGCCAGCCGAGUCCAUGUAUACAUGUACAACAGACAGUGGAAAUUGGAACAUUUGUGCUAUAAAUCGGGAGAGCUUAUCACAGAAACAGGUUACAUGGAUCAGAUAAUAGAAUAUCUUUACCCUUGUUUAAUUAUUACACCUUUGGACUGCUUCUGGGAAGGGGCAAAGUUACAAUCCGGGACAGCUUAUCUCUUAGGUAAGCCUCCUUUGCGGUGGACCAACUUUGACCCUUUGGAAUUCCUAGAAGAGUUAAAGAAAAUAAACUACCAAGUGGACAGCUGGGAGGAAAUGCUGAAUAAGGCUGAAGUUGGUCAUGGUUACAUGGACCGCCCCUGCCUCAAUCCGGCUGAUCCAGACUGCCCUGUGACCGCCCCCAACAAAAAUUCAACCAAACCUCUUGAUAUGGCCCUUGUUUUGAAUGGUGGAUGUCAUGGAUUAUCCAGAAAGUAUAUGCACUGGCAGGAAGAAUUGAUUGUGGGUGGCACAGUCAAGAAUAGCACUGGAAAACUGGUCAGCGCCCACGCCUUGCAGACUAUGUUUCAGUUAAUGACUCCCAAGCAAAUGUAUGAACACUUCAAGGGGUAUGAGUAUGUCUCGCACAUCAACUGGAAUGAGGACAAAGCGGCAGCCAUCCUGGAAGCUUGGCAGAGGACGUAUGUGGAGGUGGUUCAUCAAAGCGUCGCUCAAAACUCCACUCAGAAGGUGCUUUCCUUUACUACGACGACCCUGGAUGACAUCCUAAAAUCCUUCUCCGAUGUCAGCGUCAUCCGAGUGGCCAGUGGCUACUUACUGAUGCUUGCCUAUGCCUGUUUAACCAUGCUGCGCUGGGACUGCUCCAAGUCCCAGGGUGCCGUGGGGCUGGCUGGCGUCCUGUUGGUUGCACUGUCAGUGGCUGCAGGAUUGGGCCUGUGCUCAUUGAUCGGGAUUUCCUUUAACGCUGCAACAACUCAGGUUUUGCCAUUUCUUGCUCUUGGUGUUGGCGUGGAUGAUGUUUUUCUUCUGGCACAUGCAUUUAGUGAAACAGGACAGAAUAAAAGAAUCCCUUUUGAGGACAGGACUGGGGAGUGCCUCAAGCGCACAGGGGCCAGCGUGGCCCUCACAUCCAUCAGCAACGUCACAGCUUUCUUUAUGGCUGCCUUGAUCCCAAUUCCGGCUCUACGGGCGUUUUCCCUCCAGGCGGCUGUAGUUGUGGUGUUCAAUUUUGCCAUGGUUCUGCUCAUUUUUCCUGCAAUUCUCAGCAUGGAUUUGUAUCGGCGUGAGGACAGGAGAUUGGAUAUUUUCUGCUGUUUCACAAGCCCCUGUGUCAGCAGAGUGAUUCAGGUGGAGCCUCAGGCUUACACGGAGCCCCAUGAUAAUACUCGCUACAGCCCCCCACCACCAUACAGCAGCCAUAGCUUUGCCCACGAAACACAGAUUACCAUGCAGUCCACAGUCCAGCUCCGCACGGAAUAUGACCCCCACACACACGUGUACUACACCACUGCGGAGCCGCGCUCUGAGAUCUCUGUGCAGCCUGUCACCGUGACCCAGGAUACCCUUAGCUGCCAGAGCCCCGAGAGCACCAGCUCCACAAGGGACCUGCUGUCUCAGUUCUCUGACUCCAGCCUCCAUUGCCUUGAGCCCCCCUGUACCAAGUGGACACUUUCCUCUUUUGCUGAGAAGCACUACGCUCCUUUCCUCUUGAAACCCAAAGCCAAGGUUGUGGUGAUCUUCCUUUUCUUGGGCUUGCUAGGGGUCAGCCUUUAUGGGACUACCCGAGUGAGAGAUGGACUGGACCUUACAGACAUUGUUCCCCGGGAAACCAGAGAAUAUGACUUUAUUGCUGCACAGUUCAAAUACUUUUCUUUCUACAACAUGUAUAUAGUUACCCAGAAAGCAGAUUACCCAAACAUCCAGCACUUACUUUAUGACCUUCACAAGAGUUUCAGUAAUGUGAAAUAUGUCAUGUUGGAAGAAAACAAACAGCUUCCCAAAAUGUGGCUGCACUACUUCAGAGAUUGGCUCCAAGGACUUCAGGAUGCAUUUGACAGUGACUGGGAGACUGGGAAAAUCAUGCCCAACAAUUACAAAAAUGGAUCAGAUGAUGGGGUCCUUGCCUACAAACUCCUGGUGCAAACUGGCAGCCGCGAUAAACCCAUUGACAUCAGUCAGUUGACUAAACAGCGUCUGGUGGAUGCAGAUGGCAUCAUUAAUCCAAGUGCUUUCUACAUCUACCUGACUGCUUGGGUCAGCAACGACCCCGUCGCUUAUGCUGCCUCCCAGGCCAACAUCCGGCCCCACCGGCCUGAAUGGGUCCACGACAAAGCUGACUACAUGCCAGAAACCAGGCUGCGGAUCCCGGCAGCAGAACCCAUUGAAUAUGCUCAGUUCCCUUUCUACCUCAACGGCUUGCGUGACACGUCAGAUUUUGUGGAAGCGAUUGAAAAAGUAAGAACCAUCUGCAACAACUACACGAACCUGGGGGUCUCCAGCUACCCCAACGGCUACCCAUUCCUCUUCUGGGAGCAGUACAUCGGGCUUCGCCACUGGCUCCUGCUGUCCAUCAGCGUUGUGUUGGCUUGCACAUUUCUGGUGUGUGCUGUCUUCCUCCUGAACCCCUGGACUGCCGGGAUCAUUGUGAUGGUCUUGGCUUUGAUGACGGUCGAGCUCUUUGGCAUGAUGGGCCUCAUCGGAAUCAAGCUGAGUGCUGUGCCCGUGGUCAUCUUGAUUGCGUCCGUCGGCAUAGGAGUGGAAUUCACCGUCCACGUUGCUUUGGCCUUUCUCACGGCCAUUGGUGAUAAAAACCGCAGGGCAGUGCUUGCCCUGGAACACAUGUUUGCACCCGUUCUCGAUGGUGCUGUGUCCACUCUCCUUGGAGUCCUGAUGCUUGCAGGGUCUGAAUUUGAUUUCAUUGUCAGGUAUUUCUUUGCGGUUCUGGCCAUCUUAACAAUCCUGGGUGUUCUGAAUGGAUUGGUUUUGCUCCCAGUCCUUUUGUCCUUCUUUGGGCCGUAUCCUGAGGUGUCUCCAGCCAGCGGGCUGAACCGGCUACCUACUCCCUCCCCUGAGCCACCCCCCAGCGUUGUCAGGUUUGCUGUGCCCCCCAGUCACACAAACAAUGGGUCUGAUUCCUCUGACUCGGAGUACAGUUCUCAGACGACGGUGUCGGGGAUCAGCGAGGAGCUCCGGCACUAUGAGGCCCAGCAGGGCACCGGGGGCCCUGCCCAUCAAGUGAUCGUAGAGGCCACAGAAAACCCUGUCUUCGCCCGUUCCACCGUGGUCCAUCCCGAUUCCAGAUACCACCCGUCCUCAAACCCUCGCCAGCAGCCCCACCUGGGCUUGGGGCCCCUGCCACCAGGACGGCCAGGUCAGCAGCCCCACAGGGAGCCCCCCAGAGAAGGGCUGCGGCCGCCCCCCUAUAGACCGCGCAGGGACGCUUUUGAAAUUUCAACUGAAGGGCAUUCUGGCCCUAGCAAUAGGGACCAUGCGGGCGCCCGAGGGGCCCGUUCUCAAAACCCUCGGAACCCAGCAUUCACUGCCAUGGGCAGCUCCGUGCCUGGAUACUGCCAACCCAUCACCACUGUGACUGCUUCUGCCUCCGUGACUGUGGCUGUGCACCCCAGACCCGGGCCAGGGCCUGGGCAUGGUCGGAACCCCCGAGGGGGGCUCUGCCCGGGCUAUGAGGACUACCCUGAGACUGACCACGGGCUGUUUGAGGACCCCCAUGUGCCUUUUAAUGUCCGAUGCGAGAGAAGGGAUUCGAAAGUGGAAGUCAUAGAGCUGCAAGAUGUGGAAUGUGAGGAGAGGCCCCGGGGAACCAGCUCCAACUGAGG